AUGGCAUCAGGGUCGAACGGGAGGCACAUAAAUGAGAAAUAUACGAUCAACGGACAUGAUGACGGACAAAAAAUUCCGAGACAUCCUAGAUGGAGCCGGCAUGAGACUCUCGUCCUAAUAGAAGGGAAAAACAUUGUGGAGGCAGGUGGACGUGAGGGCCGAAAAUCGGGCCCCAUCUCUGGGCCGGGCCGUGUAGAGCCCAAGUGGGACGCGAUCUCAUCCUACUGCAAACUAAAUGGAGCUUUUCGGGGGCCGGUUCAGUGUCGCAAGAGAUGGAGCAAUCUCUUGAGCGAUUUCAAGAAGGUAAAAACAUGGGAACAUGGGGUAAAGGACAAGGGUGAGGAGGGUGAAUCGUUUUGGACAAUGAGAAGUGAUUUGAGAAGGGAGAGAAGGCUUCCGGGCUUUUUCGACAGAGUGGUUUAUGAUGUUAUGGAAAAUGGAGUUUUCAAUGCGGCGCACAAGUACCAACUUGCGCUCGUCACUGUAAAUGUUGAUGAAGAUAAUAAUAGCACUGGUAAUGGUACCGAUGGUGUGGAGGAAGAAGAUGAAAUGGAUGAUGAGGAAAAUAAUCGGGAUGAUUUGCUUUCUGAUUUCGAACGGGAUGUGCAAGAGGAAAUAAGGAGGAAUUCGGGGAAGAAAAAAGUUCGGGUGGAUGGUAAAAUGAAUGGAAUUCCUUCUCCAGUGCCCAUUUCAGGAAACAAGAGAGAACAAGGCCGAAAUUUCUGGGAAGGUUCUGAAUCUCAAGAGGGAGUGAAGAGAAGAAGGCCGUCAUCAGGAGAUUCUCAAAACACUGACAUGGACAACUCGUUGAUCAAAUCUCUAGAGAGAACCACUAAUCUACUGAGUGCACACCUUGAAGAACAGAAGUUGAGCCGUCAAGUUGAGAGAGAACAGCAGAAAGAACAGCAUGGCAGUUUAAUGGCAGCUCUUGGCAAGAUUAUUGAUGCUCUUGGGAACAUUGCCGAUAAGCUGUGA